AUUCACUAGAACUUAGGCCACCCUUUUUGUUCUCCAGUGCAUCAACUUUCUUUCCGAAUUCAGCGCAGCUGCCGACAGCUGGAAUCUCUUCAUCCUUUCAUCGCACUUCUCAAUUCCGAUCACCAACUGUCAGCCAGCAGGCGGAAUUAUCGUAAUCACCUGGCCCGCCAUGAAGGGCGUCCUUCAAACAGCCCGUGGUGGUCGACCUAGCAAAGUCACCAAGCCACCUACUACACCGCGCGGUCGCCCUGGUCGCAGACUUGGUGCACCCGAUGAUCUCACCACCCAGCACUCCGACCUUGACCAGCAAGAUGCCAGCGCCGACGAGGAUCCCGAUAACCAACCUCAGCAUCAACACCAACAGCAUCACCCAACGUUUGAUCCCGAGGAGGCUGCUGUCGCCGCCGCAGCUGCAGCUCAACAACACCAACAUAAUUUGCAACGCCAGCAGCAGCAUCAGUUAGAUUUGACCGCUGCUAGCAUUCUUGCGAGUAGUGUCCAAAAUCCUGGUGACCAUGACCAACAUCCCGACCUCGGCGACCCUCAUAUGGAUGGCGAACCAACUGGAGUUCAAACUACCGAGGAGAUAGCGCAAUUAUCUGGCUACACUAACGUUGUCGUCGAAAGCGCAUUGGCAAAGCGAUUAGCCCGUGAUCCUGGCAUGCGACACGCCCAACAGCGGCGCCCCGAACAAGUAUUGAACCUGGCGCGACGCAGUAAUGUUGAAGCAUUGUUCGCGCAUAUCGCAGGUGAAGAGGCCUCACAGCCAUGUAAGAACUGCCACAAGGGUCAUGGGCCGUGGACUAGCUGUGUUAUCGUCGACGGUCAGAUGUGUGGUAGUUGCGCCAAUUGCUGGUUCAAUGCUUCUGGUGCACGUUGCUCUUUCCAUGAGACGCGCAAUCCCCAGGCACACGGAAGUCAGAUGCUCAGCAGCGAGGGCCUGGGUUUCCCCCUCCCCGCCGCGCCGCCUACCGCUAUGGCGCCGUUCAACUUUGCUUCAAUACCUGCAUCUGCUGAUCCCGUUGUUCGCUACACUGUCGAGCAAGCGAUGGCGCAAGUCCGUAGCGCGGACAGGAAGGCUCGCCAUAUGCUUAUGAUCGAGGCCACUGCCCGGCAACUCGCGUUCCAGAUCGCGCAGUAUGAAGAUAUAGUUCAAGAGGAACAGAACCAGGCGAAUUCACAGGGAGCACCCCAGCCUGUCAUGGGUGAGCAGGAUGCGCCUUAGGUAGAGCAACUUCCAUGUCACCAAUGCCCACAGCAGCAAGAGCAGAUCGAUGGUGAUGAUUGGUCGAGCAAUUUUUUCCCGGGGUAUGCCCCUACUCCGGCCCUGUCUUUUGGAAACCCGUCUUCCGUAAGCCAGUCUCCUCCAAGCAACCGUACUCAUAGCGACUCUCCUGGCUGCGACUAUAACGAGGAAUAUUGAGUUGGAAGAUGGUUUUGCAUUGUUCAUCUUUGGCGGGGACGGGGGUUGUGGUUUGGGUGUGGAAAAUACCUAUUUGGUAUUUUUUUUUUCUAUUCGUUUUCACUUUUGAAUGGGGUGUUUAUCUUUAGACACGCUUCUAGGAACCGUGAUAUGCUGCUUGUGAUGAAGCAUGGCGUUUAGGUUAGGGGCUGGCGGCUAACUCGAUUUUCUUAAAAAAAAAAGGAAAGUCCUGGAAAAGGAGAGGGAGGUUGUUAGUCCCGUUUUCAUCUAUAGUCGCUGGAUGUUGCUGGGCGUAUGGCCCGGUAGAGCAAUGGUAGUAUAUACCUACAUAUAUUAUGUCCACGGUUCGGAUGUGACUGUGUAUGUGAUGGGAUGUUGGCUUGUAAUUAAGAGUCGGGAAGGUCUAUGUCCUCCGAUUCUCAUAUCCAAG